CUUACUUUGUUCGCGCAUGCUCAGUCUCGAACACAAAGCGCAGCCAAUCCUGUGCGAGCGACGGCACAGUCUCAUUAGCAUCACGGGCGCAUAUACACAACUCAGGAGCGACACUGAGUCUUCAGUUAAACUAAGAUACUUGAACCAAGAUAACAUGCCGGAACCCAGCAUGAAAGCGCCCAAGAAGGGCUCCAAGAAGGCCGUCUCAAAGGCCACUAAGACCGGCAAGAAGAGGAGGAAGUCCCGGAAGGAGAGCUACGCCAUCUACGUGUACAAGGUGAUGAAGCAGGUCCACCCCGACACCGGCAUCUCCUCCAAGGCCAUGGGCAUCAUGAACUGCUUCGUGAGCGACAUCUUUGAGCGCAUCGCCGGCGAGGCCUCCCGGCUGGCUCACUACAACAAGCGCUCCACCAUCACCUCCAGGGAGAUCCAGACCGCCGUCCGCCUGCUGCUGCCCGGGGAGCUGGCCAAGCACGCCGUGUCUGAGGGCACCAAGGCCGUGACCAAGUACACGAGCUCCAAGUGAAGCUGCUGCUAGACCUCCAGCACAACGGCUCUUUUAAGAGCCACCCACCGACACGGUUCCCUAUUUUAUUAUUAUAUAAACCACCACCUCUACCGAGACACGGUCCUCUUUAUUAUAUUUAAUAUUAUCUUAAUCCACUGCAGUACGGCAAAGUACCACGAGAUGGCGUAGAAGUACAUUCAACCCUCCUGUUACCAUGGUGACACCAUUCAAUGCUUCAUAUUUCAUGGCUGAAUAAUUUAAUGUACAACUCACCCCGGGAUGUUUUAGCUGUAUAAAACUAAUAAUAAAUAUCAACAUGUUACA